CAAUCAACUAAUUGUCUUCGUUGUCAAAAUUACGUUAAUGAUAGGGAUGACUGGUAUGUUUGACAGAGGUAUGUAUAAGGUUCACCUCUCCCGCUAGCCGCUGCCGUGCUACCAGCCCGCAAUCAACUGAUAUUCUUUCAAGAAAAGGGUGUGGCAUUGUUGUAAGCCAAAUGAUAUGUAGACAAUCCGAAAUGCAAGGUGGCUGGCAGGAUCGAAGCAGAAGCAAUUGAAUCAAAAGAUGGAAGGGAGAAGCGGUAUUAGGAUGGGUUGCCUGAUCUAUUAAGGUUUUUGAGAAGGGUAGACCCGUAAUGGAUAAAUGCAACUAUUAAAGUAGUGCAGGAGUAUUCACAUUAGAUCAUUGUAAUGAAGAGGGCGACCAUAGACCAUAUACAAAAUUGGAAGAUAGAUGCAAAGAAAUUAAGGGAUAAAAACAAAAUCGUAGGAUCGAAGCGGUUCGUAAUCAUCAUUCGAUAGCUUCGAUCAAUCGUAUACUGUACAAGAAUAAUUAAACUUUUAUAGUGAGAAGGGGAGAUGGGAGGAGGAGGUCAAUGCCAAUCAUGCUUGGUUAGCCGAGGGUAGAAGAAGAGGAAGAAAGCGACGACGGCGAGUAGCAUGACGAGAGUAGGCAAGAACAUAAAGGUAAAGAGGAAGAGACUCAACCCCAGGGCGGCGUUCUGCCCUGGGAAGAAGCGGCGGGCCAUGAGGUCGAGGGAGGCGGUGAUCAUGGAGGAUCCUUGCUCUGUGGCUUUUUCUUUCUUUGUUUAUUUUGUCAGACUGUCUGUUUCUGAAAGAACAUGGAAGGUGAGUGAAAAGGUAUCGAUUGAAUAUUAAAUUAAGAAUGGGGUAGAUGUGACUGAUCUCCGAUGGGAGAGGACAGGGUUGAUAUAGGAUAUACGGGACGGGAGGAAAGAAGGGAUAUGCAGGAUGCACUGCCGGUGUAUGUCGG